AUGGGGGGCCUGGCUCCAGGCCUGUGGGUCUUGCUCCUAUCUGCGGAGUGUGCCUGUGUCUGCGGGGUCAAGAUGAUGACCAAGUCAGAAAACUUGAUCUGCUACAAGUGCUUCAAAGUCAGCAGCCCAGAGUUCUGCCACCCCGUGGUGUGCCCGCACAAUGACACUGUCUGCAUCGCCCAUAACACCUUCCUCUACUUAGGAGAGCACACGGUGAGGAAGGUCAGUAAGCGCUGCGCACCCAGGUGCCCCAACGGCAACAACCAACAGGAGUGGGAGCUUCAGAAGAGGGUCACCGUCCGUCUCACCAGGAAGUGCUGCUCCCAGAGCUACUGCAACAGGGCACCGGCCGCGGCCGCCACGGCCCUGUGGGUCCUGCCCCAGGUGCGGCUGCCCCUCUGGGCCCUGCUGCCCCUCUGGGCCCUGCACUGA